UCCAAGAUGUCGGAUGCAAGGAGCGACAGCAAUGUCAACCAUGCGACGAAAACCACCCAAGCCACCACGACAAUAACCAUAGCGAUAUGUGUUCCGAUUGCGAUAGUUGCGCUCAUCAUCUCAGCCGUCGCAAUCUCCAAACCCAUUGGCUCUGACAUCACAGUCCAGGGUGAAACAACAGGUACUCAGCAAACUCCCCAGCCUGAAGUAGCAUACUCACCCAGUACCUAUGACGCCAGCCGGUGUCAGGUCUCCAAUAGAAAGAGAAUUUACACGCUGGCCAUUGGAUUCGAUAUUGGGCCUUAUGAAUAUAGUGACGACAGCGGGUUUCAAGUUGGAUUCGGUCGCGACCUUAUAGACGCAGUGUGUCAGGAGGCGGGAAUUGAUUGCAGGAUUGUCAGGGAGCCUACCACCAACUGCAUGUUCUCAGAGAGAGGACAGCCACACAGAGGAGGGAUAGGACUUAUGGAAGGUUGGUACGACGCCUGCACCGGGUGGCUGACCACACGUCAACGGAAGCAGAUUUUCGCAUUUUCCAAGCCGUUUUUGAAACCUAUCGAGGUCUAUUUCUACGCCUUUCCUGGAUUUAAUCCAUUCAAUAUCACUGGAAAGAAAAUAGGACUGAUAAGCGGGCUCUUCACUAACGAAGCCUGUCUAGCCGGACUGGACCAGGUGGCUGGAAGAGACGUCCCGCACUCCAACGUUUUCCACGCCCAGACGGUUGACGAGCUCGUGGCUAUGAUCCAGAACGGAACUGUAGACGUGGGUUUUAGCGCGAGGACUGCUUUGGCCACCAAAAUCAAUGGCACUAAUAUCCAACACUUCCCCUCGGAUCCCAUGUUCUGUAAGAAUGCUGGACAGCCUGGAAUGAUGACCCGUAAAGACAAUGACUUCAACUCCAAAUGGAAUGAAGGGUUUGAGAAACUUGUUUCUUCAGGACGUUUUAAACGCUUAUGUGAUGAGGCACGGAUUAAACACGGUCAUCGCGGUGAGAUAGAGUGUGUGGAUGCCUAACAACAGCUGGGAUCUGUAGCCUUCACCUUGAUUGCUGAAUCACAAAACAAUGCAUCCGUUACAUUGACCUUGAUUGUUACAACACAGAAAUAUAGGAAUUUGUAACCUUCACCUUGAUGGUUAAAACAAGGAUAUGGGCGGCCGUAAACUGAACCUGAUGUCUAGAUCACUUGGCCUUCAGUUUGAAAGCUAAACCACAGGACUAGGCGUCCGUAACUUUAAUGGCAACUUGUGGAACUUACAAGAAGCCAAGGCGAAAUUUAUAAAUGAAACUUAUGGAUAGAAUCGAAAAUUUAUUGAUGAUGUGCGAAUUUCAUAGUGAUGAAAAGAUGACUACCAACGAUAUCAGACCCGCAGUGUUUUUUAAGGAAGCACAACUGUAAUUCCAACAGGCUUAUUACAUGUAUAUGCAUAACUUCAGUGCUGCAGUUGACAAUUACCAUUACAAUUGACUAAUUUUAUUAAGUUCUUUUUUUGUUUUUGACAAAAUCAACAGUCUCA